GACAACCCUUGUCACGCAAUAAUUUCCCUUAGUCCUCUAUAAUUUCUCCUCCCGAGAGAAAGUGAAUAGCAGAAAAGCUAAGGUCAGGAAAAACAGAAUGUCGCUCGCCAAAGCUGUUGUUUUGGAUAAUGGGUCUGAUACAAUCAAAGCGGGAUUUGCCAAAGACGAGUCUCCUCAAGUAGAGUUUACCUCCGUCGUUGGUCAUCCAAAGUACGCGAAAUUACAAGAACAAGCAGAUCGCGAAGAUCCGCUCGUCGGAAAUGGUGCCUUGGAUAAGAGGGGCGAUCUGGAUCUUACAUACCCAGUCAAGAACUCGAUCAUAACUAACUGGGAGGACAUGGAAACGGUGAUUUAAAUUCAAAUUGUGUCAGGAUCUAAUAAGGAAAAGUAAAAACAAUUAUGUAUUAAGAUAUGAAUGUUAUGUUGCAGAUCUGGCAUUACACUUUCGCCCAGCUGGGUGUAAGUCCCGAAGAACGCCCCGUUCUUCUGACAGAAGCCCCAUUUAAUCCACAAGUAAACAGAGAGAAGACAACAGAGGUAACUGAAAAUAGUUCGUGAAGCCUAAACAGAUAUCUGCACAGAGCGAGAUGUGCUGGACAGCUUAUAUGAAGAGGGUGGUCAGUCCACAGUCACGCGAACGAGAGAUCAGAACCACUUUACGCCUAAAGCCAAUAAUUUCGAGAUAUGGAAGAAUAUCAAUCAAUAAUCAAAGCAUCUUUGCAGUUUCCCGCCGAUGAAAUAUUCGAAAAAAUGUCUCAAUAAAAAUAUACAGGACUUAGGAGGAGUGCGAAUAUGGCGGCCGGAAAUUCAAGCAAACCUAUCAAGUGUCUAGUUUCGCAAGGAAAGCAUCGCCGUAGCUCCAAUUUGACCUAGAAAAAUGUUCGCCCAAGCUAUUCAACAAUGCCCACCGAAACAUUUUGCUACUGAUAUAGGAUAGGGACGAAAAAAUUGGUAAAGGCGAUUUACGGGGAAGCAGAGACUCAAAAUAUCUCUAUUCAGGUUUAGUUUUUAUACAACUAAACAAUGCCAGCGUGGGAGGCAAGUGCUUCAGUUAAUUUCUGUUAUCUCUAUUUCAAUAGAUCAUGUUCGAGACCUUCCAUACACCAGCGAUGUAUUUAGCUCCAGCACCUGUCCUGUCUCUCUACGCCUCUGGCCGUAAGGAUGGUAUCGUCCUCCAGAGUGGUUUCGGCGUCAGUUACGCCGUCCCUAUCAGUGAAGGUUUCGCUCUUCGCCAGAACGUUUCGAGUCUCGAUUUGGCUGGUACGAAUUUGACAGAUUAUCUCACAAAGAUUCUGGGCGAACGGGGCAAGACUCUAACCGAGCACAGAUUAGCAAGAGAUGUUAAAGAGAGGCUUUGCUAUGUCGCUCAGGACUUUGAAAAGGAGAUGAGUACUGCUGCCUCUGAUCCGAGCUUGCAGAGAAGCUAUGAACUCUCUGAUGGUCAGUUUGUCACUCUUGGCGACGAGAGAUUUAGAUGUCCCGAGGUCCUGUUCCAGCCCUCCAUGGCUGACAAUAGUUUAGCGUUGUCACCCGGCAUCCAUCAGCUCGUAUUUGAGUCCAUCGUGAAGUGCAACGAAGACAUCAGAAAUGAAAUGUACGCCAAUAUUGUCUUGUCUGGUGGCUCCACUAUGUUCAAAGGAAUUGCUGAAAGAGUGCAGAAGGAGAUCACUGGACUCGCCGGGGCUUCACCUACAAGAAAGGUCAAGAUCAUUGCUCCUCCUGAGCCUAAAUACUCUGCAUGGAUUGGGGGAUCAAUCCUGGCUUCGUUAUCGGAUUUUCAGUCCAUGUGGAUCUCUAAGCAAGAAUAUGAUGAAGAGGGCCCCGCUGUUGUCAACCGCAAAUGCCUAUAGCUAUGAAAAAAAUUUGAACCCGUCCAUGAUUCUGUACGGCGUUGGCUUUGAGUUGUUGAUGAAUAUAGACAAAACUUGAUCUAAUGAAGAAUAAUUUAGAUGUACACAGAAAGAUUUGUUUCAGUGUCUAUGUGUUAACUCUAAAAUGAUCACCAACUGAGGUACUUCUUGAUCCAUGUGCAAAUUCACCUUGUUAACAUAAAGGAAAUAUACAGAGAACAGUAUGGAGAAUAUACUUAGUCAUCAGAUUGCUGUGUGUUCACUGAAGCCCUUCCCACCAUGCCACUCCUCAAAACAGAUCUUCUCCGAACGCGACUGAAUUUAAAAAACGGCAAACAAAAACAAACAAAUAAUAACAAGAAAAAAUGACCUUCGUUGCAAGAAAGUAAAUCGUAAGUACAAUACGUAUAAAAAAUUUGGCGCAAUUCCAAAGAUAAGGCUGCAUGGAAUCUUUUAUAGAUCGAUUUCCAGCAAAAGAAUACUUAUUUUUAGGCUUUCGUCGAUCUCAGGUCCAGUUGAUACCAAGUAGUUUAAUUUCCAGUCGCUAUUUUGGAGAUGAGUUUUGGCCGGGAAUGUUUAAUCUGAAAUUGUAAUGACCCAAAAAUCGCUAGGCAGGUAGCCGACUGAGUGACAGUUCUACCACUCAUGCAUGUUAAAACAUGACGUUCAAACAGGUGGUAAUCAGGGAUAGGUGAAUUGAUAGAUCUAAAUACUGAAACACUCGC